CGUAAUAUUCAGAUAGCUUGUCCAACUGAUAGAAAUAAUACCCGGCUUGUUAUAGUUUGCAUUAUUAGGAGUUUAUACAAGCAUACAGCUGUUAAUUUUAACAGCAAAAACUGGAUUUAUCUAGAUAUAUUCACUUAACACCUGCGAGACAUAAGAUCUGAGUGCUGGGGUAUAUUACCACUAAAGGAUUCUUACAAUGUCCAAAAACACGGAAGUGAAAACACCUACAGUAAAUGGCAAUGAAAACACAGAUCACCAGAAUAACUUGCCAUCUUUAAAUUGUACAUCUCCUUCUAAGGGCAGCAGUGCUAAAACGCAAUAUACACAAAACAACGGUAUUGACCAAGAGACGGAAGAAUGUAAUGCAUCUCAGAAUUGUGUAACAAUAUUACAGAAACCACAGAACUCCUUCUCUAAAACCAGCAGUGUUGUAGAGUCACAUGACCAUAUCACUUCAAGCAAAGAGAACCAGUCAGGUGUCAUUGAAUCGCAGGUCAGUUAUAAGAAAGACAAGAGGAUGUGUGCAGAUCAGCAUGCUACAUCCCCCAAACACCUCACUGGUGAACUGACUGUGCCAGUGUUUUAUCGGGGCAAGGGUGUUUUGAUCACUGGGGCUACUGGUUUUAUUGGCAAGGUUUUGAUUGAGAAGUUGCUACGUUGUUGUCCUGAAGUGGAUUGUCUAUACUGUUUGAUCCGACCCAAGAACAAGCAAAGUAUACAGAGUAGACUGGAUGAAAUCACAAAUUCAAAGCUAUUUGACAGACUGCGUAAAGAGAGACCUAACUUUGCAUCCCAGUUGCGACCUGUUUAUGGAGACAUGCUGUUGCCAGAGCUUGGCAUCUCUGAUUCUGACAGAGAGUUCCUGGAACAGAAUGUACACAUUGUGUUCCACAAUGCAGCCACUGUCAGAUUUGACGAGCCACUGCGUGUUGCAGUCGAGAUGAACGUCGUGGCUGUUCAAAAGAUGUUGAACCUUUGUCGAAAAUUUGUUCAUUUAGAGGCAUUUGUGCAUGUUUCCACGGCUUACGCUAACUGUGAUCGACCUUACAUUGAGGAGACUGUAUACCCCCCACCAGUAGAACCUCAGAAAAUAAUUGAUGUGUUAGAAUGGAUGGAUGAUGAAAUGUUGGAGCUGUUUACACCAAAGCUUAUGGGUGAGAAACCUAAUACAUACACAUACACUAAGCAACUUGCAGAACAUCUGCUCAUCACAGAAGGUGCAGAUUUACCUCUGGCCAUCAUCAGACCCUCUAUUGUUGGAGCUGCCUGGAAGGAACCUUUUCCGGGAUGGAUUGACAACUACAAUGGUCCAAGUGGUAUUUAUAUUGCAGCAGGACGUGGUAUUUUGCGCUCAAUGAAAGGAGAAUCCAAUGCUAUAGCAGACAUUGUGCCCGUGGACAUACCUGUUAACAUUAUGAUAACUGUUGCCUGGUAUACAGCCAUAGCCAAGCCUAAGAAUGUUCUUGUGUAUCAUGCUACAACAGGUGGUGCUAAUCCUUUUACUUGGGGUGAUAUGAGUGGAAUUGUAAAUAAAUCAUUUAAGCAUACACCUCUGGAAGGUUGCUUCAGGCGCCCUAAUGUUGCCAUUGUUAGCAACAGCUUUCUUCAUGAUUACUGGACAUGUGUUAGUCAUCUCUUUCCUGCAUACAUUUGUGACAUAGCAUACAGACUCAUGGGCAAAAAACCAAGAAUGGUUAAACUUUAUAAUAAACUUCACCGCUCGAUUGAAUGCCUCAAAUUUUUCACAUGCAAUGAAUGGCAGUGGGCCAAUUCUAACCAUGAUAUGCUGAAGCAUCAGCUCACUCCAGUAGAUCUCAAAAUGUUUUACUUUGAUCCCCUCCCUCUGCACUGGCCAACUUACAUAGAAAACUAUUGUUUGGGGGCCAAGAAGUAUGUUCUCAAUGAAGAUUUGUCUGGGUUGCCAGCUGCUAGAGCUCACAUUAGAAAGCUGCGUAUCAUAAGAUAUGUAUUCAACUCAGCUGUUGCAAUCAUCCUAUGGAGAGUGUUAAUUGCCAAGUCACAGUUUGCUCGCAACCUGUGGUUUUUCAUAGUUGGUCUGGUCUUCAAGUUUGUUCAGUACUUCAGAAUAACAAGCACCAUGCAGAAGUCUUGAACACGUAGACAAUAGGAAAUUACUUUACAAAUUAUAAAUAUUAAACCAUUUCCUUAAGAAUUUCUUUUCUUACAGACUAUGGCAUUUAAGUUUCUUAUUUUAAAUAGACUUCAUUAACUUGACAUGCAUUUUAUGAAAACUGUCAUCUAUUUCAGACUGACUUUAAUCUUAGUAUUUCCAGCUUGUUUAAAAUUAUGUGCUGUAUGUGUUUAUAGCUCUUUAUAAAUCAUUAAGUGAGAGUGCUGGUUUAUUAUUACUUUAAAUUAUGUGACUAUUAAUCCAAGUUUUUAAUUUUCAGUUUAAGUACUAUGGGAAUGUUUGAUUUUCUUACUUUCAAUAUAUGUGUGAACUAUGCUGUAUACAUAACAGCAUCUUGUAGCUGUAUAUGCAUAUGUAUAUAGAUAUAUAUAUAUAUAUAUUUGUAUAGGUACAGUGUUUUCAUAAUAAACUAUCCUUGUAACAACUAUAUGUAAACAAGUAGUUUUAAAAACAUGGCUGUAUUUUAAAUACAGUUAUUUAAUGGUGAGACAGUUCAGGUUGUUACAAAACUGAAGUUUCUAGUACUUAAGCCUAACAUCUUUAUUAUAGACUGUUAUUAAGAUGUUUGAGUAGUAACCAAUUUGAGAACAGUAAACAAUCUUGAGAAAAGUUUAGCCAUCCACUUGAACGAAUGUCUAAAAAGACCCAUUUAAAGCCCAAGUUAAAAUUGUUAUGAUUGUCAGGAAUAUUGGUACAGUGGACACAGGCAAUAUAAGAUUUCCCAAGGCAAGUUAAAUAAAUUACCGGCUAGCAUCGUAGAUAAUUUUUCUCUCUAAAGCAUUGUGUGACAUUUCUGCGGGAUAGAAACUUUUAUUAUUAUUAUUUAAACUAUAAAAAUAUGCCCCAUAUGUAACUAGCCGUAACAAUUUGCAAACCUUGUAUAAUUUCAAAUUAAUCAUUUAUUAACAACCUUAUGAAAGUUACUUUAGGUAAUUUUGUUUUAUUUAAAGAUAUGCCAAAAUAUCUGUUUAUCAAUGGAAUUUUUUUAAUGUUUAAAUUUGUAUCCUUUGACUACAGAAAUUAAACCUGAAUUAUUUGCUUGUUUACUUAAAGUAAUUUUUUUUAAUUACAAACUUAUAUUUGUGUUUACUGUAGAAUAUAGCUGUCAAUUUUAUUGCCUUCUGUGUCAUUGAUUCUCAAGUGAAGCAAUACUAUUGAAGCCUUCAGAGACUUAGAUUUGUCUGAAAAUUAGAACAAUAAACAUAAAUCUUCAUAUAAAGUUUUGACUACUGCAAAUUGUAUUUAUACCAGUUGUAAAAUUUAUUCCGUCAUGUUGUAUAGUUUGAUAUGUUGUUAACCACAUAUUUAUCUUUAGUUUUUUUAAAUAAAGAAAGCAGAGCAUUGAAGCAAUGAUGCUUUCUUGUCAGUGACAUUGCCAGUGUACUUGUGUAUUUAUUUUGCUUUUAAUUGACCGUUAUGAAAACUUUUGAAUUAUUUAACCUUGUUUUUUUAUCAAGCAUACAAAUCCUUACUUAGUAAAUUUUUUUUCCUUUUGAUUUCCUUAAUAUGCUCAUUUCUUUGCCUUCACAUAACCGUAACAUUUACCAUAUAUAUCUGUUUGUCAGGCACAGUACAACAUUCAAAGUGUAAUUGGUUGUUUUUUUUUUAAUUGACGGAUUUUUUUUUUAUGUUUUGCAUAAAUAUUUCAUUGUGACUCACAACUGAUGCGUACAUGUUGUUGUUCUUCUAUCUCCUGUAUGUCAAUAAAAAUGUUUAUGCUACAUUUUUCAAAGUAUAUUGGUAUUUAUUUCUAUCAAGGUUAACAAUUCACCAUUAACUAUUUUAGCAUUUCUUAAUUUUUUAAAAGUGUCAAUUAAUCCGUGAUUCCUAGUUUUGAUGCCUUAUGUUUUCUCCACAUGGUUUAUUUUAUAGAGAUUUAGAACUUAAUGAGGUCUUGGCAACCAUUCAGAGACACACACUCCUUUUGUAAUGUGACAUUCUGUUUUUUUUCACUCAGUCAACACAGUUUGAUAAGUAUUUCGAUAUAAAUAUCAAUUUGACAAUGAUCAGUGUUGUGCGUCAACCCUUGUCUUUUAAAAAAAUUAUUCUUAGUGGCCCUCUAGAAGUGUAAAUGUGAAUUUUUAAAUCGAAUUUAUUUUGCUGCACAAAUGCAGAUGAAAAGAAUCAUUUACUAAUUAAAGAGUUUUAAAAUUCUAAAGAAAGAUAUACGAAGAUGAUUUAUUAAGUGAAGAUAAUUUUUUUUUAUAGCUUUAUAUGCUAGAAACUUUGGUUUUUUUUUUUAAUUUUUUCUAUCUUUUUUGGUUCAGGGAAUUUUUUAAAGUGAAUUAUUUAUUCCAGUUGGAAAAUAUACUGAAAAAUAUUUAUUAGCAAAGGAUUUUUUUUAAAGUUAUGGUGCAUGUGAUCACUGGCAAUAAAAAGAAAAUCUUAAGAUGUAUCAUAGUUUUAGAAUGUUUUCCAUCCAACAAAAAAAUACAAGGGCUUGCAUCUUAAAAAAAAAAUGUUUAAGUUUUAAAAAUACACAAUUUAAAUUAAAAAUUCUGGCAGUUCAUGUCAUGACAACCCUAAUUCCAGCACUUAGCAGUGAGAUUACAAAAAAACCAUGUUAUUUGUAAGCAUGAUAUCCUAGAAAUUAGUUCAAUUCAGUUUAAUAAACAACAGAGAUUGUACAUACAAAAUGAAAUUUGUCUGAACAGUUUUGUUUUUAGUUGUGGGCAUUCAUACUUCUGAAAUUUCUGCAUGUAUUGUUUAAAAUCCUGAGUUAUUGAAUUAUAUAGAUAUCUUUAUUACAAAUGAACAAGUGAAAAUACUUUGUUUAUUGUUAUCUUAAGUGGUACACACUUUCUUUAAUUAAUUAAUAAUCAUUCCAAAUUUAGAAUAAAUGUAGUAAUUAAAGAAUUGCAUUUUCUUAGUUUCUUUUUUAUGCAAUUUAAAGUUCACAGUACAUUAGUAUACAAGUAAAUUGUGUGUGUAUGUCUAAAUGUGCAUUUAUAUAUA